AUGGCGAGGUUUCUUGGGCUUCGAGGCGCCAGAUGCUUCGGAUACGCGCAAGGUGUUAUGGGCGGUCUGUUGACCGUCCCGGCAUUCUUGGGCCGGUUCCCUCAGGUUGACACCAUCAAUAACUCUUCAGCAUACAAUGCAAAGAUUCAAGGUGCCGUCGUAGGAACAUGGAAUCUCGGCUGCUUCGUUUCCGCCAUUUUAACGAUCUUCCUCGGCGACUAUCUUGGAAGACGGAAGACGCUCAUGCUCGGGCUCACUGUUUGGGUCAUCGGCGAGAUAAUACAAUCCUCCUCAUAUAGCUUUGGCCAGUUCAUUGCUGGACGAGCGAUCGCAGGUUUCGGCAAUGGCUUCACCACCGCCACCGUUCCCGCCUACCAGGCCGAGUGCGUAAAAUCCCACCGCAAAGGCACCAUUCUCAUGAUCUCCGCUGGAGCCUUCAUCGCCCUCGGCCUGGCCCUAUCUUACUGGCUGGUUUUCGCUUUCUCCUACCUUUCUAGCGCCUCGGCAGCCUGGCGCGUGCCCGUCGCUUUUCAGAUCGUCUUCGCAAUUCCGGCUUUCCUCGCGCUACUCUACCUCCCCGAAUCGCCGCGCUGGCUCAUCCUCACGGGCCGGGAAAACGAAGCGCUUACCGUGCUAGCGGCGCUGAAUGAUGAGGAUAUAGAGGGCCCGGAGAUAAGAGAUGAGUUCUUACAGAUCAAAGAUGCGAUUUUGGUAAUGAGCCAGGGGAAUACGAGCAGUUUGGCGAGUAACAAGGCGAGGCGAAAUCUGCAUCGCGUAGUCCUUGCAUACGGCGUGCAGGUCUUCCAGCAAAUGUCCGGCAUUAACCUCGCACUCCAGUACCUCGCCAUUAUGUUCUUUACGCAGAUGUCGUACACUGGGUGGGUGGCUCGCCUUCUGGGCGCCUGUGCCGCAACGGAGUACUUUCUCGCUUCGUUCAUUACGGUCGUUGGAAUCGAUCGGUUCUGGGGACGACGGUCGCUGAUGAUGUUCGGGGCAGCGGGCAUGUGUCUGUGCAUGGUGCUGCUCACGGUGCUGCUGUAUCUGUGGCAGGUCCACGCAGUGGGCGGAACAAACAUCGCAGCCACCAUCUUCCUCUUCGCUUUCUCCACCUUCUUCGCCAUCGGAUGGCAGGGCAUGGCGUGGCUUUACCAAGUCGAAGUCGUGCCCCUACGCAUCCGCGGUCCCGCCAACGCACUGAGCACGAGCGCAAACUGGCUAUUCAACUUCGUCGUAGUCCUCAUAACCCCCAUCGCCCUCCACAACAUCCGCUACCUCACCUACGCCAUCUUCGCCUGCACCAACUGCGCCAUCGUCCCACUCGUCUACCUCUUCUACCCCGAAACCGCGUACCGCUCGCUCGAGGAAGUAGACGUCCUAUUCCACAUGGCGAGCGAGACGCCCGGAAACGCCUGGCUCAACGUCGUCAAGAUCGCAAAGGAGGAGCCGCUGUGGUUCGGCAAGAAGGGCGAUGUGGAGUUCGACUAUGAGGCGAGCGCGUGGCAUCAACGGCACGUGCAGCAUUUCGGGUCCGGCUCGACGCUGGGCGGAAGCGCGGAGAACGAGAAGAUGGAUAACACGCCGAGGAGCGGGGAUAUGCGCGGUGGGCACGCGACGGCGAGUCCGCAGCGCGGGCCCAAGGCGUCAGGUGCUACGUCGGAGAAGAAACGCGUGCACAAUCGACGCGGGCAGGACGCAGAGCUCGACCGGCCAUCAUCCGUCCUCAACACCCCCCGCAACACCUCCUGGCAACGCUCUUAUAGCGCACACUCCGACCCUCACUGGACAGCCUCCGCUCUCGCGCCCGCACCCCUCAACGUCCCCUCACGGCCCAGCAACUCGGGUACGGCACGGGCAUUGCGCGGACAGAGAGCGGGCGGGAGACUUAUCUACCGGAUGGGCUGGACGAGGAUGGAGGUAGGGCCUUGGGUGGACGUAGUAGGAGUAGGCCGAGCUUGA